AUGGAGGUUCCAUUGGAACAAGUACCUGUUAUUGGGAGUGAAGAUUCUGGAAAAGAUGUAAGUGUAACUCAAAUUGACAGAAAUACGUUAAACAACAUUAUACCUAGAUGUUUAAUAAAAAUAAUUUUAUCUUUUGAUUUCUUAUUACAACUGUUAUUUUUAGGUUAUUUAUUUAAAUAUUGUUUCAUUUGUGUUUUAGAGCAAUUCUUUGAACACAGAGCCAGAAUCUUCUACUAGUUUUACAAUGGUGAGCAAUUUGGCGGAUCAACCAGACGUCCCAAAUUUGGGGAUCAUUGAGGACGAUCCUGAUUCAGGGGAACAAGUAAGUGAAUAGGCUAUUUAAACGUUGUUUUAAAUUUUAGGUAGAAGACUAUGAUCUACGACAAGUUUUAUUUUCUCAAGAGGUCGAAGCAGCGUUCUUCCAAUCCAGAAGUCGAAUCUGUGGCAUUUCUGGGAUGUUUAACGUCGGAAACACAUGCUACAUGAACUCGGCAGUUCAAGCACUUGCUCAUUGUACUCCUCUGAGGGAUUUCUUUUGUGUUCUUGGAGGAGGGAUUAAGUUAUCUUCAAAUUGUCCUCCUACAGAUGCUCCAGUUUCGAUGGCUUUUAGGGAUUUGAUGAACCGGUUAUGGUCUCCGACGAAUACUAAUGCUGUACGACCUACGGUGUUUCUUUUUGUAAGUUUUAUGGAUAUUAUUAUCACUAGCCGGUUUACCUAACCUUCUUUUGAUAGUAGAUUAAAGUUUUCAAAGACAAAAAACAAAGAAAAACAUAAUUAACUGUUCUAGGUUUUUACUAACUACAAUUAUAAAUUUCAGCGGCUACGAGAAAAGUGUGCCCAGUUCAGAGGUUUUGCUCAACAAGAUUCUCAAGAAUUUAUUCGUUGCUUUUUGGAUGUUAUACAUCAAGAAUUGAAAUACGAAAUACCGCCAACAGAUAAUGCUCAUCCGGUUCAAGAACAUUCCCAUUCUUCUUUGAGUCAGUCGAGUAACGAGGAAGAGAAUGGGGACAGUGGUAUGAGUACUGAGAAUGUAAGUGCUGUGAUUUUAACAAUAAAUCUACUUAAUUUUUUAAUACUGGUGUUUACGGUUUUACUUACAAGGAAAGUACCCGAUCUGCCUCGCUCUUAAUUUUUCUUUGAUAUACUAGUAGAAAACCUUUAAAUGAACCUACAUUUUUUAAUUUGUAAGCUUAUCUUGUCUGGAAAGCCGAAAAAAGUGCUUGAAAUACAAUGCCAAAGUUGCUAAAUUGGCGGGAAACCCAAAUAAUUUAAAUUUAAAACUUAAAAGCGCGGGCUAAAAUUUUUUUAUUGGUACUAUUGGUGGUACAAAGAAUUCAAAUAAAAAUAUUGAGCUGAUUCUGAGCGGGGCAGGUAGGGUACUUUCCUUGUUAAUGUUUUUUGAAGGUUUUUAUUAUAAGUUUGGUUUAGGAGUCAGUGUCAUCGAAAAAUGCAGAAAAUGUCAAUGAAGAGAAAUUACAAGAGAAAGGUAUGACAACAAAUUAUUUUAACUGUGUCAUGGACUGAACUGUUCGUGUUUUAGAAGAGAAGAAACCAGUGUAUGAAAGUGUUGUGAAUGUGGUGUUUGAUGGCCAGUUAAACAGCACAGUCAAAUGUUUAACAUGUCAGCACUUAAGUGAAACAAAGGAGACUUUCCAGGUAGUUUAAUUUUUAAAUCUUAACAACUUUUUACGUUGUUUUAGAGUAAUUUUAACAUAAAAAAAUUUUAAAUAUAUAUUUUUAUAGUAAAGCUCAUAAGCUAACAAUUUAAUCAUGUUUAUAGGAUGUGUCAUUAAGUAUCCCGACAGCAGAACAACUCGAGAAGAUGAGAGAGGCAUUUGAGGAAGGAUACGACGGGUCGAAAACGUGGAAUUCAGAAGUCAGUAAUGGAUAUGCCUAUGUAAGUAUAUUUGUUACAGUAUUCUUAUGAUUUUAGUGGUUGUACGACUUCACGGCAAGGUGGUUUAUAUACCCGUGGUUCUCGUGGAUCAGCUCCUUCUACCGGUAUCUUUUUACUGAAUGUAUUUCACUUGACGAUUGCCUAAGGGGAUUCUUUGCGGCCGAUUACCUGCGGGGAGAAGACAUGUACAAAUGUGAGAAAUGCAAUAAGUAAGAAGACUUUUUUACUUUAUUUGAUAGUGAUUAGAAGGGUUAUAAAUGAGUUAACAUUUCUUUAUAAUAUGGAUUCUACGACAUUUUCAUUGAUAUAUGGCUAGAAUCGGUCUACAAAAGUAGGUUAAUUUUAGGUAAAAGUAAAGAGUAUAUGCUUAACUUUUUAUCAUUUUUGUUUAAAAAUUAUGUUUUAGACUUCGAAACGGAGUAAAGUUUUGCAAGAUAAACGCAUUCCCCGAGGUGUUGUGUAUACAUCUGAAGAGGUUCAGACAUGACAGCAUGUACAAUAGCAAGGUGAACACUAAGAUAAUGUUUCCGAUGGUCGAUCUAGACUUGAAUGCGUAUGUAGAUCCUCAGUCUGAUGACAAGAACCGAUAUGUGUACGAUCUGGUGUCGGUGGUAUCUCAUCGUGGCAGUUCUGUCGAUUGUAAGUUUAGUUAUAAUGUUUUGUUAUGUUGAUAUAUACUUUGAUUUAAGUUUUAAUAUUUUUAAGGUUUUCGAGUUACAUACUGCUAUUUAAACCUAUACAACAUUUUUUGUUUUAGUUGGUCACUAUGUGGCUUACUGUCUGAAUGACAUCGAUGGUAACUGGUACGAAUAUGACGAUUCCUUUGUACGACAGGUGACAGAAGGUGAAGUUCUGAACUGUGAAGCCUACGUUCUCUUCUACCGCCGACGAGACUGGUCGGAAGAAGACAGUUAUGUGGAGAUGGAGAGCUCAUAA